UUGUCAUAAAUUUUCCCCGACUUGAUUUUUUUUAAAGGAGGACCAAACGGUGGGAGCCUCUCAAGGUGAUGCUCACUCUACACUAAAACCCCUUAGAGUGCUCUACUAUCGGUGCCGGAUGCUCCGAUCCGGUGGAAAACCUUUACAAUUCAAUCUCCGCUCGUAACAGGUUACUUCUCUGGCACCGACUGUAUUUAUAGGUAACUCAAUACGGAAGAAAUGGACCGACAUGUGGCCAACAAAAUUAGAAAAACAAAUGUUCCUCGCAACGUCAUAAAUGGAGAGUUUCAAGCUGCCGAAGUAACCGCCGUCACUCCGGCGGCUUCUCGUCCAGAAGUUGUCUCUUGAACGCUUUGUUCAGUGGCGAAGCAGCCGAUGGUAACCUCCUGGGGACGUGCGCGCAGAGUUUGCCAGUAAUUCCCAUCAUAACACAGAGCCUAGUGGUCGGACAUUUGAUCUAACAUGAUGAAAGCCGAAGGUAAAGGUGAGAGGACGUUCAGGAGUGCUUCGCCCCACAGGAAUGCGUACAAGACGGAUUUUCAGGCUUUGAGAUGCACUUUUGAUGGAAGCAAACAGGAAACCAUUUCUAAAAUGAGUGCUCAGAAAACAAGUAGAGAGACUGGACACAGGGAAGAGAUGAGAGGAAGGCAUUUCGGUAAUCGUGUACAUAAAAUAAAAAGCAUGCUGCUACAAAUGGGCAACACACCAGAUGAAAUGAACGAAACCAGCAAGUCUGAUUUGCAUCCAGUUUCUCCGCAAAAACAAUCAAGUGGAGUUGUCUAUAACAGUGCCCAUAAGUCAUAUCAAAAGACAUCCAGUUCAGAUAAAACGAAUAGCGAAGAUGGGGAUUUGGACAAAACUAGCAUGGCUGAAAAGUUCUCGGAAACUAGAAGACUCUUUGAGCGUCAAAUUGAGGAAAAGGUAUUUGAUAAAACCGCUCACAAAAACGAGAACAAAGUUUCAGUAAUUAGUGUUUCAUGCGAGAGUAGAAGGAGCGGCUCUUCAUCUUCAGAAAGUGGAAGCAGAAAAGUUAAGAGCGACUUAAAUCCCACUGUUCUAUCCGACACCGAUUUGAGAGAUCGAAGUAAUCUGAAAACCACUAGCGAUUUAAAACAAAACCAACCUCGCUCAUCUCUAAACGCUGGCCCAAUUUCGAGACGAUUAGAAAGCUUUCUAGCGGAUAGUGAUAGCGAUGAAACAAACAAAGACACCAAAACAAAGACCUCUGCAACUGAGUAUCAGAUUUCUGGAGGGCACCAAAUGCCGCCCAGCAACACCGUAAAUAGUAAAAGUACGUCCCCUGCAGGAGACGAUGAGGAAUCGCCUCGUUCGAUUUCAGCAGAUCGACAGAAAACUAAAGAUCGGAAAGAAGCAGAAAUACCGAUCUGUAGCAAUAAUCUCAGGACUUGUGAAAGUGAUUACUGGGAAUCAGAUCAAUGUCAAAAAAAAUCCCUAAGUUUCUCGGAAUCAUCGUCCUCUUGUAAAACUGUUCCUGUAAGCAGCAGUGUCUUAGACAAUAAUUUGGAUCGCCAUGUUUCACAUAUGGUUGCAAACAAAGUAGGAGUAGUUCGGGCGGAGUUGGUGGAAGUUCAGAACGAAUCUUCAGGAAGUGAAAUUGAAUUGGAUAAUGUUUUUAUUGAGAGGGAACUACAGAAAUCCGUGGAACCAUUUGCUCAGAGCAUUAGCCUUGAAGCAGGGCAGACGUAUAAAACUUGUGACAGCAAAGAACAGGAAGACCAAACGUUUGAAGAGAUACUGAACAGAUCUGAUGACAGCAUAGGAGAGGAAGAAGAUGAGGAUAUUGAGAACAUCGAAGAGGAAGAUGGAGUUAGUGAGAAGUUAUUUGUUGGGUCAGAGGUUUGUGGAAUAGAGAAUGCUGCAUUUGUGGAUGAUAAGGAUACUGAAGAAUCGUUACCAGAAGAAAAUGAAAGCAAAUGUGAGGAUGAAUAUUUGUUUGAAGAGACCAACUAUACUCUUGAUGAUGAUUAUGAGGAAAUAUCUGGACUUUCUGAGGAAGAGGAUCCAAAUUUACGCAGAAAAGUUCAUUUCUCCACAGCUCCAAUCAAGGUAUACAGUACCUAUUCAAAUGAUGACUAUGAUAGACGUAAUGAGGAAGUUGACCCUGUGGCAGCAUCAGCAGAAUAUGAGUUGGAGAAGAGAGUGGAAAAAAUGGAUGUUUUUCCAGUUGAAAUUGAGAAGGGUGAAGGUGGUCUUGGAAUUAGUAUUAUUGGAAUGGGUGUUGGAGCAGAUCAAGGGCUUGAAAAACUGGGGAUUUUUGUGAAGACUAUCACUGAAGGUGGAGCAGCAUAUAGAGAUAAACGAAUUCAAGUCAAUGAUCAGAUAGUUGAAGUGGAUGGAGUUAGUUUGGUUGGUGUCACGCAAAUCUUUGCAGCUACUGUAUUGAAGAACACUAGAGGCAUUGUUAGAUUCCGUAUUGGUCGAGAAAAACCUGGACAACAGAGUGAGGUUGCUCGUCUUAUCAGUGAAACUUUGGAACAGGAAAGAUGCCAGGAGGCACUUUUGGAGCAGCAAUGUACCCGAUGUAGUACAAGUGAUAAUGAACAGUCUGAAGAGUUUCCUGAAGAUGAAGGAACAAUUUCAAAUGAAGUUGAAGCUGGAGUGACAGUUGAAGUUGCUCAACAAACUGAAAAUGAAAAUGUACACUUGCCGUCAGACGUGGAUUCACUCCUUGCUCUUAAAUUGAAAGAGCUUCAGACUAAGAAUGCCAUAACUGCAGCAGAACUCAGUGAAUUGACAGAAAGGCUGAAAAUUGCUGAAGCAGAGAAAAUUAAAUGGGAAACUACAAAGAUGCAGCUUCAGCAAAGUGUUGAAGAGAAUAAAGAGAAAAUGCAAAAGGUGGAGAAAUACUGGUUAGAAGCGCAAAAUCUUUGCAAAAUGGUAAAUGAGCACUUGAAAGAGACCCAAUCUCAGUAUGAUGUUUUGGAGAAGAAAUAUAACAAAGCUAAGAAACUGAUAAAGGAAUACCAACAGAAAGAGAUUGAAUUUAUUAAAAAGGAAGAGGAUUACAGAAAAGUUCUGGAAGAUCAAGAAAAAGAGCAUGCAAAACAGCUGAAAGCCCUACAUGAUCAGAUACUAGAACUGAAAAAUGAACUGCAUUCCACGGGACAGAUGCUUCCACUACACAGCAACAGUUCGCUGCACAAAACGGAACUGGAGUUUGAGAGUCAAGAGCAGUUUGAAGAUAUUUGUAGUAAAGAGGAAGAUGACACAAAUCAAACUCCUAAAACUGCUUUGGAAUGGGAAUGUAGCAGCACUUUCAAAAUCUGUGAUUUUGAUGAGGCUGUUCCUGAAACUAAGCGACUAGAUACAAGUUCACACAAAGCAAAAGCCCAACUUGCUUUGAAAGUUAAAAGACAGCCUCCAUCUAGGUUUAAACUAAAGGAAUCCUUUGGAGCUGGUGAUGAUUUUGAAAGUAUACAGGAUAAUGAUGAAAAUGAUGAAGAAAGUGAAGAAAUUCAGCCAGCAGAAUCCUUAAUUGUCCGGAGUAGCUUGGAUUCUUUACACGCUGUUGAAGAUACAUCUGUCCCUAAGAUGAAAGAUGAAGCAUUAGAUGGAAAACGUGAUGCGGAGAGCAUAACCAGCUUGCAUGAUGGAAGCUCAUCUGCAUCUCCUUGUUCCUCUCCAGUUCAUAAGAUAGUUGAGAGCGAUGUGAGCAUAAAACAUUCAACUACUAGAGUCACAGCACCUUCAAGUUCUCCCACAUCAUUUCUUUCAAUGAUGAAGAAACGCGAAUCAAAAGGCAAAGGAAAAGAGACUAAUGAAGACAAGAAGAGUGAAGAAGGAUCGUCCCAUGGGGUUGAAAGUACAUCAGGAAAACUUAAAAGAAGAUUUCCUGAUUUUGGUGGAUUAAGAAAAUCUGGUGGAAAAGGCAAGAAAUUAGAUAAAGAAGAUCGUAGAACCUCUCUGGGUAGCAGGGGAUCAAAAGAAAUGCUUGAGAGCUCAGGUGGUAACCUUUCUGCUGCAGAUUCAGUCACAUCCAUACCAACUUGCAUGCCCUUUUCUUGGUUUGGUGAUAGUCGUAAGGAAGCAGUCUCUUCCAACAGCAGCCUUCAUUCACCUCCAAGUUCACACGACAUCUUUUGUGAAGAGGACAAGGAGACAUCUGGCAAUAAAGUACCUGAUCAAGCAAUGACAGGGAAACAGAACCAAUGGCAAAAUCGAGCAGUUUCUCAAUGGACAACCCAACAAGUCUGUCAUUGGCUGAUGGGAAUGAAUUUAGAGCAAUACACAACAGAAUUUGUUUCUAAAAAUAUUGAUGGAGAACAACUAAUGCAACUAGAUAGCAGUAGACUUAAGACUUUAGGUGUUGCCAGUCAAAAUGAUCGUGCCACCAUAAAGAAAAAACUUAAAGAAAUGAAAAAAGCACAAGAAAAGGUAGAAAAACAAAGAGAGAAGGUUCAAAAGAAAGAAAAAGAUCAACAGAGGAAAGUUGGUAAACAAGCCACCUCUGCAGAAAUGAUCUGUUAAAUAUGACUAAAAUUGUGAUGGAGAUCACUUUAGGUUGUUGUGCUGUCAGUGUUAUAGUAUAUUAUAUACUUCACAAACUACUUCAUUCAGAUAUAAGAAAAGACAAAUUUACAUUAGUUUGACAUUUCUAUUAGAUAAAUUUAUGGUACAUUUUCGUGUGUUUGGACUAGGUUAAUUUCUGUAUAUAUUGUUAAUACAUUUUUGUAGGUUUAUAAUUCUAUACAGUUUUAACUAGCUUUGACCUUAUAAUGGUAAUAAAUGAAAUUAAUAUUUUAAUAAAACCUAGAGCACCAUUAAAAGUUGGUAUAAUACCUUAACAAAAGGGUUAUGAGAAGUAUCUUGAAUGUCUAAAUGUGAUACAAGCUUACACUGCAAGAAAAAAGUCAUUUAUGUACAAUUUUUUUUAGAAAAUAUAAUGCAACCGUGAAACACUUAAAAUUAUACGAAUGGGCUAGAUUGCUCCAGGGUUUAAGAUGCAGUUCACAAAAGGUGAUAGAUUUUAUACUUACAAUGCAAACUGUACAAUUUGACAUUUUUAUAAUUCCAUUGCACAUAAGGGCCAGCACUGUUUUGUAUUUUUUCUCUAAUCCUCUACACUGAGUUAAUAUGGGGAUUUUUUUAUCCAAAGAAUAAUGGGUAACUGGGGAGUGAUUAUAAGAAAAUACAUUGAACAUUCUAAUGUAGUAGACCACAAAGGCCAUGCUUUGUGAGGGUUUUUAUCCUGUGUGUCCAGGAGGAGAUUGUUUUAAUAACCAUCUCUCCCACUGACAGAUGUUGCUAAUGUAUAAGGCUGUAUUACUUGGAUGGUUCUUUACUUUCACUUUCUACACUUGUCUGAUCUUUUUCACCCAAAUGCCAGCUUUUGCUAUUACUUGAAAUCUUAAGCUUUUUGGAUAUGCUAUUAGAUUUUUUUGUAUAUCUCGUGUUGCUACACGUCAAGAAUUCAUUUAAUACAAUCUGAAAUACUUUUAUUCAUUUCCUCUCCAAUACACUAUCAAAAGCUAAGUUAUAGCGAAUGAUUAUUUACUUGCAUCUCUCCAUUCCGUUUGGACAGCUUCCCCUUUAUUUUCCUCUGGAAUUUCUGUUGUUUUCCAUGUUGCCUCAUUGUUUCCCUUAUCUCUGUAUCUCAAUUGCAUUCUCCUCUAUUCUCUAUCUAACUUGGAUAUAGCACUAGUUUGAUCAAGUUCAAACCUGGUGCCCCGAAGCUACCUGUAUUCCCUUGUCAGACAUUUUGUUUUAAAUAGUACAAUGAACUAAGUAAAAUAAAAUAUUUUAACAUAAUUUCCAUAUUUUAUUUAAUGUUUCAAUGAGAUUUGGCAAAUAAUAUUUAAACAACUAGGAGGAGAUUAUGCAAGAAAAGCAAUUAUUUUUGCAAAGUUUUGGCAGUUUUGAAUUUUCACCUGAAAAAUAUCAUUCAUUUUUUAAUGGCAUUUGCCUGAAUUGAAAUUUCUGAAGUAAAAACUAAGCAGAGAGCCAUUGUGUACUGUCAUUGAAAUAUUAGGUUGAAUAUGUUGUGGGAAAGUACUUUAUGACUGUGUGUCUUAAUACCAAUGACUGGAUCCAGGAUACUGCGAUCAGUAGUUUGAUGUAAUUACUGCAACAUGUAUUAUGAAAUUGUAUUAUGGAACUGAUCUUUGUAUUCUUCUGGAAAGUUAGGUUUUCUUCUUUUGUUGCUAAACAAAACCUGUGACAAAAAAAGGAAAGAAAAAUAGUUCGUUCCUUAUUGUUUAUCCAUUGAAUAAAAAUGAAUAAUGAUAUAAAUAAGGGUUUGUGGGAUGCUGUUCCUUCAGGACUGUUACCUUUAACAGUCAUGUACUCACUGCCUUUUUAUCCCCCUUCCAAGUUACUCCAUACAAGACUUUGCACCUUAGUUUGUCGAAGCUUUUUGUCUUCAUAAGAGCAUUUUGCAAGAAUACAAAUUCAAAUGGGAAAAACAAAACAUUUAUACUGCAAGAGAGGAGAGUACUGAUUGGUUAGCAAGUAGACAGUGAUUGGUAGAAGCUUUGCCAUGGAGGCUGCAUCCAUUAAUGCUGUUUGACAGUUAACACCAGGCUUUCUUGAAAUUUAGACCAGACAGGUUGAAUGACUCCCCUAUUUUGUUGUGUUGACACAGGAGCAGUGCAUGUACAUGUUCUAUCUGCCAAGAAAGAACAGAACCUUCUAUAUUUAGGUAUGUAGCUUCUUUAAAUUGAUUCACGGGAUGUGGACGUCACUGGUUAGGCCAGUAUUUAUUGCCCAUCCCUAAUUGCUUAGAGGCAGUUAAGAGUCAAUCACAUUGCUAUGGGUCUGGAAUCACAUGUAGACCAGGUAAGGAUGAUAGUUUCCUUCCCUAAAGCACAUUAGUGAACCAGGUAGGUUUUUCCCAACAAUCAACAAUGGAUUCAUGGUCAUCGUUAGACUCUUAAUUCCAAAUUUCUUUUUAUUGAAUUUAAAUUCCACCAUCUGCCAUGGUGGGAUUUGAAUCCAAGUCCCCACAACAUUACUUGGGUCUCUGGAUUAACAGUUCAGUGAUAAUACCACUAGGCCAUCGCUUCCCAGCUUCCGGAGCUUGGAAUUGUGCCAUACUGCAAGCCUGACCGUCUAUCCUAAAUUGAUUGUCAGUAUAAUUCUUUGCACAUUCAGGAUUAUCCAACAACUGUUUGACUGCAGAAACACAUGUAACGUAAGGCAGUUUUUUAAAAGUUCAUUUGUGGAAUGUGGGCGUCGCUGGCUGCAUUUCUUGCCCAUCCCUAGUUGCCCUUGAGAAGGUGGUGGUGAGCUGCCUUCCUGAACUGCUGCAGUCCUCCUGCUGUGGGUUGACCAACAAUGCUAUUAGCGAGGGAAUUCCAGGAUUUUGACCCAACGAAGGAACGGUGAUAUAUUUCCAAGUCAGGAUGGUGAGUGACUUGGAGGAGAGCUUGAAGGUGGUGGAAUUCACAUAUAUCUACUGCUUGUUGUCCUUCUAGAUGGAAGUGGUUAUGGGUUUGGAAGGUGCUCUCUGAGGAUCUUUGGUGAAUUUCUGCAGUGCAUCUUGCAGAUAGUACACACUGCUGCUACUGAGCGUCAGUGGUGGAGGGAGUGGAUGUUUGUAGACGUAGGGCCAAUCAAACGGGCUGCUUUGUCCUGGAUGGUGUCAAGCUCCUUGAGUGUUGUUGGGACUGCACUCAUCGAGGCAAGUGGGGAGUAUUCCAUCACACUCCUGACUUGUGCCUCGUAGAUGGUGGACAGGCUUUGAGGAGUCAGGAGGUGAGUUACUCGCCGCAGUAUUCCCAGCUUCUGGCCUGCUUUUGUAGCCACUGUGUUUAUGUGAUGAGUCCGGUUGAGUUCUGGUCAAUGGUAACCCCCAGAAUGUUUAUAGUGGGGGAUUCAGUGAAGGGGCAGUGGUUAGAUUGUCUCUUAUUGGUGAUGGUCAUAGCCUGGCAUUUGUGUGGCACGAAUGCCACUUGUCACUUGUCAGCCCAAGCCUGGAUAUUGUCCAGAUCUUGUUGCAUGUGACCAUGGACUGCUUCAGUAUCUGAGGAGUCACGAAUGGUGCUGAACAUUGUGCAAUCAUUGCCGAACAUCCCCACUUCUGACCUUAUGAUGGAGGGAAGGUCAUUGAUAAAGCAGCUGAGGACGGUUGGGCCGAGGACAUUAACCUGAGGAACUCCUGCAGAGAUGUCCUGGAGCUGAGAUAAUUGACCUCCUACAACCACAACCAUCUUCCUAUGUGUCAGGUAUGACUUCAACCACUAGAGUGUUUGCCCCCGAUACCCAUUGUUUCCAGUUUUGCAAGCGCUCCUUGAUGCCACACUCGGCCGAAUGCAGCCUUGAUGUCAAGGGCUGUCACUCUCACUUCACCUCUGGAAUUCAGCUCUUUUGUCCAUGUUUGAACCAAGGCUGUAAUGAGAUCAGGAGCUGUGUGGCCCUGGUGGACCCCAAGCUGGGCGUCACUAAGCAGGUUAUUUCUGAACAGGUGCUGCUUGAUAGCACUGUUGAUGACACCUUCCGUCACUUUACUGAUGAUGGAGAGGAGACUGAUGGGGCGGUAAUUGGCCGGGUUGGAUUUGUCCUGCUUUUUGUUCCUGCAGGACCUACUUGGGCAAUUUUCCACAUUGUCGCGUAGAUACCAGUGUUGUAACUGUACUGGAACAGCUUGGCUAGGGGAGCAGCAAGUUCUGGAGCACAAGUCAUCAAUACUGUUGCCGGAAUGCUGUCAGGGCCUGUAGUCUUUGCAGUAUCCAGUUUAUUGAUAUCGCGAGGAGUGAAUCGAAUUGGUUGAAGACUGGUAUCUGUAACGCUUGGGGACCACUGGAGGAGGCUGAAAUGGAUCAUCCACUCGGCACUUCUGGCUGAAGAUUGCUGCGAAUGCUUCAGCAUUAUCUUUUACACUGAUGUGCUGGGCUCUUCCAUCAUUGAGGAUGGGGAUAUUUAUGGAGCCUCCUCCUCCAGUGAGUUGUUUAAUUGUCCACCACCAUUCAUGACUGGAUGUGGCAGGACUGCAGAGCUUAGAUCUGAUCCGUUGGUUGUGGGAUCACUUAGCUCUGCCUAUCACUUGCUGCUUUCGCUGUUUGGCGUGCAAGUAUUCCUGUUUGGUGGCUUCACUAGGUUGACACCUCAUGUUCAGAUAUGCCUGGUGCUGCUCCUGGCAUGCCCUCCUGCACUCUCCAUUGAACCAGGGUUGAUCCCCUGGCUUGAUGGUAACGGUUGAGUGGGGGAUAGGCCGGGCCAUGAGGUUACAGAUUGUGCUGGAGUACAAUUGCGAAGUUUGUCCCAUUUAGCAUGGUGAUAGUGUCAUACAAUAUGAUGGAGGUUGUUCUCAGUGUGAAGGCAGAACUUCGUCUCCACAAGGACUGUGCGAUGGUCACUCUUACCGAUACUGCCAUCGAGAGAUGCAACUGCAGCUGACAGAUUAGUAAGGAUGAGGUCAAGUAUAUUUUUCCCUCUUGUUGGUUCCCUCACCACCUGCUGCAGACGCAGUCUCGCAGCUAUGUCCUUUAUGACCCAACCAGCUCGAUUAGUAGUAUUGCUGCUGAGCCAUUCUUGGUGGUGAACAUUGAAAUUCCCCACCCUGAGUACGUUUUGUGCCUUUUCCAUCCUCGGUGCUUCCUCUGAGUGUUGUUCAAUGUGGAGGAGUACUGAUUCAUCAGCCGAGGGAGGACGGUAUGUGGUAAUCAGCAGGAGGUUUCCUUGCCCAUGUUUAACUUGAAGCCAUGAGACUUCACGUGGUCCGGCAUCAACAUUGAGGACUCCUAGAGCAACACCCUCCCGACUGUAUACCACUGUGCCGCCCCCUUUGCUGGGCUUGUCCUGCCGGUGAGACAGGACAUACCCAGGGAUGGUGAUGGUGGUGUCUGGGACAUUGUCUGCAAGGUAUGAUUCUGUGAGUAUGACGGUCAGGCUGUUGCUUGAUUAGUCUGAGACAGCUCUCCCCAUUUUGGCACUAACCCCCAGGUGUUAGUGAGGAGGACUUUGCAUGGUCAACAGGGCUGUUCCUACCGUUGUCUUUUCUGGUGUCUAGAUCGAUACCAGGUGAUCUGUCCAGUUUUAUUUCUUUGACUCUUUGUAGCGAUUGGUACAUCUGAGUGGCUUGCUAGGCCAUUUCAGAGGGCAAUUGAGAGUCAACCACAUUGCUGUGGGUCUGGAGUCACAUGUAGGCCAGAUCAGGUGAGGGUGGCAGAUUUCCUCCCCUGAAGCACAGUCGUGAACCAGAUGGGUUUUUCCUGACAAUCAGCAAUGAUUUCAUGGUGAUCAGUAGAUUCUUAAUUCCAGGCUUUUCUUUUUUUGAGUUCCAAUUCCACCAUCUGCCAUGGUGGGAUUCGAACCCAGGUCCCCAGAACAUCUGGGUUUCUGGAUUAAUAUUCUAGCGAUAAUACCACUAGGCCAUCGCCUACCCCAGGUGAGUUUUGCAAGUGCAGACUGAUUGAGUGUUUUGCUUGUUAGAAGAAGGGAUGUGCUGUUUAAUACAAUCUGCCAGCCCUUUCUGACGUGCCACCUCGACAUCUGGCAUCUCACUGGCACUGAAAUUUAUAAACCACAUUACUCACAUGUAUUGAAUGCCCUUUUGGCUUGAUGGCAGCAUCCUGUUAGUAGCAAGUGCUACUAGUCAGUAUACAUGUUGGAAUUCCUACAAUUCCAUGUUUUAAGAUUGGUCUUAUCGAAACUUUGUAAUUUAAGCUGAACCACUUCUUCACUGUGCAAUUGAUUCUGAAAUAGGGCACAUCAAUGCACGUUUUGCAAGAUAAUAACUAUCCAGAUCAAAUAAUUUCUUGUAUACCACAUUAACGCAUGAAAGGCAUUAAGGCAGUCAGUCUUGGCCCUGUAAACUGCGCAGUCGAUCUCAGAUUACCCUUGAAAUGUAUGGUAUCUUUAAAGGUUUAAACAACAGGUUUCACUGUUUCAUGCUGUUUGUUUAAUCAUAUCAAAUAGCAUAUCCCUUUAGCUGGCCCAUCAAUUCAGGGACAGACGUACCCAAUUAGCUUGCAUUUAUAAAACUUGUAACAGUGUCUCAUAUUAGUUGUGAUUCUGCAAUUGGACAGCAUUUACUGAAUUAUCCUGAAUAUGCUAAGAAGUAUACUGACAAACAAUUGCACCACAACUGUUUAAACUAAAGAAGAGGUGAUAGUUAUUUGCUAUUUCAUUAGUCAGGGCAUUGCCCUGAGAAAUCAGCAUCAAUAUAUCUCAUUUAGAUAUUUUCUAAUCAACCUGUCCAGAGAUGUUACAAAACUUUAGAGCAGAUGGAGCUUGAACUCGGGCCUCUUCGUCCAGAGGUAAGGACACUACCAUAGCACUACAAAGACCCUAAAUAUGUCAGGUUUAAAAUUCAACAAAGAGUGCUAACUGUCAGUCGGCAUUAAUGGUGUAUUCUUCAUGGCAAUGCCUUUACUCAUCAGAUUCCACUUGCCAACCAAUUUGCCCUCUCCUCUUUGAAUUUGUUUCCUUGUGAAUUGUCCUGAUGUACAGAAUAAAAGGCUUCGGCAAAAUGUCUUUUUGCAGCAAUACUCAAGUUCUGUAUUACCAAACAACUACUUUUUUAACUAAGUUUUUAAGUUUUCUUUGUGUAAUGUGUUCUAUUUCACUGAUCUGUAUGGAAGUGUAACAGUUCAAUUGUAUUUGAUUGAAAUCUGGUUUUCCUUUUCUAAUGCUAGCAACAUAUUUAAAUUAUAAAAGGGUAACAUUGGUCUCACUUUGACUACCUUUUUACAUAAAGCAUCACAUAAAUAAGGAUCUUUAGGACAUGUCCCUUUGCAAGAUAUUUCAUCCACACUUAUCCUGUGUGCUCGCUUCCUUUGCUGAAGUAAGCUGGUUGUAUAUUGUGCUCAGCUCUUUAUAAAGUCUUCAUACAAAUAAUGGACGAUGGUGUUAGAAUUCAGCAUCACAUCACUGCCUUUGAAUGACUAAUAAAAACUUUCAGUCCA